AUGGAUGACCUUUACGACGAGUUUGGUAACUACAUCGGUGAUGCGGAAUCCGAUGAAGAGCACCAUGAAGACGUACAGCCCCAGGCUUUCAAGUUUGAUGAGGCUUUUGAUGAUGAGGAGGAAGACGAAGUUAAUGAUCAACAAUUGAUGGAGGUUGAUGAUGGACCUUCAAAUGCGGUCAUCCUACACGAAGAUAAACAAUACUACCCCAGCGCACAACAGGUAUACGGUGAAGAUGUUGAGACUAUGGUCCAGGAGGAGGAUGCACAGCCGUUGUCGGAACCGAUCAUUGCCCCCGUUCAGCAGAAGAAAUUUGCGAUCGCAGAGACCGAGCUUCCCCCGUACAUUUCUCUCGGGAGUUCAUCUUUCAUGGAUAUGCUGGUCAAAGAGACACACGACCUGACGGAGCGAUUGGAAAAGCGCAUUGGAAGGAGAAGGGAGGAACAACUACGCUAUACCGAUGUUCAUUUCCUAGAGAGAGAACGCGGCCUUUCGAUCAAGGCGGCCCCGAUGAGUCUCGUUCUUCAAGGCACUAAAGGAAAAUCCCACCUGCUCAACCUCCUUGAUACCCCCGGGCAUGUGAACUUUGUUGAUGAGGUGGCUGCUUCGAUCCGCCUAGCCGAUGGUGUUGUAUUGGUCGUGGACGUUGUUGAGGGCGUUCAGGCGAAUGCAGAGCAAAUUAUCAAGCACGCAGUAUUGGAAGAUCUGCCCUUGACUUUGGUCGUGAACAAAAUGGAUCGACUCAUCCUUGAGCUCAAGCUGCCCCCUAACGAUGCUUAUUUCAAGCUGAAGCAUGUCAUUGAGGAAAUCAAUACUUGUAUUGAGAAUGUUUUACCAGGUCAGGGCGAGCGACGACGAUUGAGCCCCGAGAAGGGUAAUGUAGCGUUUGCAUCCAGCUCAAUGAACUGGUGCUUCACCUUGCAGUCAUUUGCUCGGAUGUAUGCCGAUACUUAUCCAAGCUUGGACUCAUCAGACUUUGCUGCCCGUCUUUGGGGCGAUAUCUUCUUCAACCCCAAGAGUCGCAAAUUCACUCGCAAGGGAGUGGAAGAGAACUCGAAGCGUUCAUUCGUCAAAUUUGUUUUGGAGCCAAUCUACAAGCUCUACUCCCACACACUGAGCGAAAGCCCCGAAGAUUUGAAAAAGACUUUGGCUAGUGUCGGCGUCACCUUGAAGCCAUCCCAGCUUAAGUCAGAUGCCAAGGAGCUGCUUAAUCUGGUCUGCGGGCAGUUCUUUGGUCCUGCAACUGGAUUUGUGGACAUGGUCGUUCAGCAUGUGCCUUCCCCGGUGGAGGGCGCUCAGCGGGCAUUGGAUCGAUACUACACUGGGCCUGUGGACACCAAGGUCGGAGCUUCAAUGCUCGCCUGUAACUCUGAUGGUCCCCUCAUCGUUCAUGUCACUAAACUUUUCAGCAGUACCGAUGCUGGCAGCUUCUACUCCUUUGGAAGAAUCAUGAGUGGAACAGCCCGACCUGGUCAGCAGGUUCGUGUCCUUGGUGAAGGCUACACACCAGAGGACGAGGAAGAUAUGGUUGUUGCAACCAUUUCCGAUACGUGGAUUGCGGAGACUUGCUACAACAUCUCGACCAACGGGGUUCCCGCCGGAAACUGGGUGCUCUUGGGUGGCGUUGACAACUCUAUUGUCAAGACCGCUACGCUGGUGCCCCUUAAGCUAGACGAUGACGAAGAAGCGCACAUUUUCCGUCCCAUUCGGCACAUGACCGAAUCGGUCUUCAAGGUGGCUGUUGAGCCUGUCAACCCAUCGGAACUGCCAAAGAUGUUGGAUGGAUUGCGCAAGAUCAACAAGAGCUAUCCACUCAUCUCCACCAAGGUUGAAGAGUCUGGUGAGCAUGUGGUUCUAGGAACUGGCGAGCUGUACAUGGACUGUGUGCUACAUGACCUUCGGAAACUUUAUUCAGAGAUGGAGAUCAAAGUUUCUGACCCGGUUACACGCUUUUGUGAAACUGUGGUGGAAACUUCUGCCAUCAUGUGUUACUCCAUUACCCCGAACAAGAAGAACAAGAUCACCAUGAUUGCGGAACCCUUGGAUGAUGGUAUUGCGGAGGACAUCGAAAGCGGCAGAGUAAACAUCAAGGACCCCAUUCGGAAGGUUGCUCGAUACUUCGAGGACAACUAUGAUUGGGACAAGCUCGCAGCUCGAAGCAUCUGGGCAUUUGGACCCGAUGAGAUGGGCCCCAACAUUCUCCAGGAUGAUACAUUACCCUCCCAAGUUGAUAAGAAGCUUCUCGGUACUGUGAGAGACUCUAUCACUCAGGGUUUCAGCUGGGGUACACGAGAAGGUCCUCUAUGUGAAGAGCCAAUUCGUAAUACAAAGUUUAGGCUCACAGAUGUGUCCCUUGCUGACCAGGCUAUCUACCGCGGUGGUGGCCAGAUCAUCCCUACAGCCCGUCGCGCUGUGUACUCGUCCUUCCUGAUGGCGUCCCCGCGUCUUAUGGAACCAAUCUACUCUUGCACAAUGACUGGACCUGCAGACGCUGUGGCUUCCGUGUACACCGUUCUGUCCCGCCGACGAGGUCAUGUCCUGUCAGAUGGCCCCAUUGCGGGUACGCCUCUUUACUCUGUUCGCGGCUUGAUCCCAGUGAUUGAUUCCUUUGGCUUUGAGACCGAUCUUCGUAUCCACACUCAAGGCCAGGCCAUGGUCAAUCUGGCAUUCGACAAGUGGAGUGUGGUUCCCGGUGACCCGCUAGACCGUGAUAUCAAACUGAAGCCCCUGGAGAUGGCUCCCGCCAUGGCUACAGCCCGUGACUUUGUCUUGAAGACAAGGCGACGUAAGGGUCUGGCUGAAGAUGUCACGGUCAGCAAGUUCUUGGAGCCUGAGCUUUGGAAGGGACUGAAAGAAAGUGGCGUUCUGGACUCAUGA